UUCGGCUGCGAGCCCGCUGUGGCGGCAUUUCAGGGCUUCUUUAGGCUUUUGACGUCGGCCAGACAGACUUUGCGACCGCGACGGCGACGGCGCUGGUCUUUGCUGCCCCACAAGCUGCGAGCGCUGCGCACCUUACCAGCAUUGCGACAUCACAAUGGCGUCAGCAAACGGCAAGUCUACAUUUCUGCCUUCCACACCAGGCAUGGAUGGCACGCGGUCCUUUCUGGCCUUCGACGAGCUCUCCUCAUCACCCCGAACGCCAGCGCAAGCAGGCUCUGCCACCUCCAGUUCUCCGGCCCUUGACGGUAGGGCGCAGGUGUCUGGCAAACUGUCUUUGGCACCAGCGAGUCCAUCUGCAGGUCGAGGCGGAGCUCCUCAGCCUGCACCUGGUGGCCCGUCCAAUCGGUCUCUGGUGCGAGACGAAGAGCUGUGGGAGACUGUGGAUACGGAGUCACCCUUGAUGGGCUCGACGGACAGCUCUGGUGCAUCAGACGUGCCUGCGCAGGAUGGACAACCUGCUUGGGAUAGCUGGAACCCGCGCAAUCCCAGGGCUUCCGCACAUGGCAAACUUAAGGCCUUGGAACGACCUGCACCCAACUCGCGCGGAAGCCGUUUGGGCGCGUUGUUGGGCAAGAGUGGAGCGGUCCCAACACCGCCGCGAGAGCCUUCCGCAGCGUUCGAGCGCGAAGCGUUUCCCGUUGCUGCUCAGUCUAGAGAUUCUGAGCGACCGGCAAGAGCGCAGGCGGGAUCGUCUAGCAGCCCUUCGACGUCUUCUGAUGGCGAAAACGUCUUUAAAUAUGCGCUGCGGACGGAGCGCGGACCGGAGUCACGCGCAGUGGCAGAGCAAAGCGGGACCGCAUCGGCAGCGACGGGCAGGCAAUUAUCGAAAAGCAGUCCUGUCUCUCCUAGCCCAUCAUCGACAGUCGCGACAGAGAAGCCGCCUUCGCAAACCAGCCCCAACGUUUCUGCUGCGGCUGACACACUCGAGCCGCGAGUGAGGACAGGCAGCGUCGCGGCGAUGGCAGCAAGAUGGGGCGGCUCGUCUCUUAAAGAGGCACACACUUCCCAAUCAAAAGGAGCCGCUCCCGUGCCGGCGCCGCCUCCGCGACCCGAGAGAUCACCGCGAGAGCCGGGUCGACUAGGCUCUGCAUUUGCAUUGUCCAAGUCGCCUAGAUCUGCCAAAUCUCGCAGCAGGUCACGCGAUCGUGAUCAGAACGAGAGUGCUCGCGGUCCUGCGAGUCGAGCCUCGCCGCCAAGUCCAACACGACCAAGGCCAGACAACAAAGGUCGAAGCGAUAGUAAGCUCUGGCGCAAAGUCUCCAACAUCACUAGGAUCCCCGACCAAGCGAUACCCAAUUCAGCUUCUGUCAGUCCUGGCGGAAGUCCGAACGAAGGGCUUGGCAUCAGCAGCCCACGUCGGGCGUUGAACCGGACGGCUUCUCAUGGCGAUCUGAUGUCGCCAAGUAUCGAUGACGUCUACACCGGAAAUACCCCCACUCAUCUUGCCAAUGGAGAUGUGUCGACGAGUUCUGCGGGAGAUGUGAUUAGUCCAGGCGCAGCAUACAAAGCUCAGGCCUUAUAUGGAGGUCAGGGGAACGCUUCUGCAUCUCUGACGAGCAACGACAGCUCCACGAUCAGCAGCACAGGAAGAGGCAGGCUCAGCAGGCUCCAGUACAACAAACCGGACCGGAUAUCCAUCAUCGGUGACAGGAGCUGGGAUCUGCCAUCCCAACGCGGGGCCAGCGCAGCUGAAGGGAGUGACAUAUCGGGACCACCUGCGACAAGGCGAGAAGGUGCAAAACCGCAGGAUUUAGGCAGGCUAGACAAUGCGCACUCAAAUCGGUUCGAAGGCUCCGCCAUCAAUCAGGAUGGUCCUUUGCCCGCUUUGAGUUCUCAUCACAGACAAACGCAAAGCGUUUCGAGUGCCCCGAGAUCAAGUCACAACGAGCAGCGACUGAGCACUGCACCGCAUCGCGAGCUUCUGCUCCCUGCGCUCACCAGCGUCAGGUCAGCAGAAGCGACCUACAAUCUGUCUAGGCACGCAUCGACCGAGUACGGCGCUACCCACGAACCGAAGUCUUCCGCUGCGAAUGUGCUGGCCCAUGCCCGGGAGGACUUGCAGCUAGCGAAUGGGAGCGGGUUAGACGCCGAUGAUGAGGCGAGUCCGAGCACUACUGGAACCACAUCGGCUUCGCGUCAUGGCAGAUGGAGUCAGCGAAGCCACAACACUUCCAUGGGCGGCUCGAGCGAUGCGGGUUCUCUUACAUCUCCGGGGACCAGCAUUGGAGGGCAUCGCCUAUCACAAAAUGCUCGUUAUUCGGGUCAUACCUCCGGAAAUGCGGCGGGGAGCGUGCGCCCCACGGGCAGCGCUGCAGCAGCGCCAGUAGAUGAAUCCCAGCCGCCUCCCACGCCGGGCCUCAGUGAUGUAGGCUCACCACGCUUUGGCAUGCUUUCUGAUGCUGAUAUUGCAGAGAUGGGCACAGUACCUGGCGUCUCUCCAGCUUCGCUCCUCAACGCAAAUGGUGCACCUCUGAGUUCCAAGAGCGUCCUCACCAUCGCUCUGCAAAAAGCACAAAGCGCUGUAGUCAUGGACAGCGAUAACAACGUGCCAGAGGCUAUAGCGGCGUACAAGCAGGCCGUCAGGUUGCUGCAAGAAGUCAUGGAUCGUAUUGCGCCAAAUCGGCCGCGGAAGAACAAGAGCAGCCGCGAGGAAGAGCGUAGGCGUUUGCGCGUCAUUCACGACACGUACGCGGAGCGGAUACGCUUGCUGUCACUGUUGUACGAACCAGACGAAGAGAUCGCUAGCGCUUCAACUGAAGAUGGUGACAGCUCGCCUCAACGCAGUGCCGAUGUGCAAGUCCCGAAGCAAUCGCCCCCAACAAACUGGUCACGAGGGACUAUACAAUCUUCGCUCGCAUUUCCCCGUCAGCCAGAGUCCGAGGCUGCGGACGCGCACUUCCGAGCGGACACUCGGCCAUUAGAAGGGGCGACGGGCUCAAAUGACUUCAAGAGAGACGUCGCACGCAGCUCUCUCACUACACCUUCUAUCUCCGUACAAGCUGAGCAGGUACAGCGCAAUCGGUCACGGGAUUUAACCUGGGACAGUCUCGACGACCAAGAGGUAUUGGCGGAAAAUGGACACAGACUUCCACGAUCGAACGCUGGGGACCACGAAGCGCAUCGAGAUCGAUCGGAUUCAGAAAGCUCGUUCAGAUCAGCUGUAGGCACUGGGCCUGGCUUGCCUUCCGGCGCUCUUCGAGUUCCCGACGUUACGCGUGCUAGCACUGCCUUGUCUGUUGGGCUCGAAGAAGAGUUCAAGACGCCGACCACGCCGUACUUUGAUGUGGACCCCAAUCUGUCAAUCGACGAUUUGCGCAGCGCAGGUACGCCUGCCAGGAGCUCUUUAGACGAUUCUUCUCGGCCUGGACGGUCGUCCGAAUCCCGACGAGUGCACGAGCAUCAAUCCAACAUGGGGACCCGAGCUACAGGCUCUCUCUCUGGUGUCAGUCAACGACUCACCGUUGAACGACCUCUUAGAAGCCAUGGCACAACGAUGGAGCGGCGAUCUAGUAGCGAGAGCAACGCCUUAGCUGCAGUCAACGCAGCUGCAGCGGACAUGGGCUCUGCGAUCUCUACGCCCCGGACGAGUGGGGCCCACCGGCUCGAUCUGGCGCAGUCCACGGCCGACGCCGCGUCAAGGCAAACUGGACCCAACGCAAGCGCUGCGAAAGGGACGAUGAACGGGGCGGCUUCAAGCCCCAACCAGCCUCGUCUGCUUGUAAGCCCUUCGGUCUCGCGCGGGACCAUCAGCCAGCGGCGACAAAAGGUGCCGCAUUUUCUGGACGUCAUGCCGGCGGCAAGGGCCCCUUCGCCGGGUUCUAAUGCGUCUUUAUCGGGCAACAGCUUGCUUGCCACUCCCACAAUGGAAGCGCUCACUUUUUUCGAUGCGCAGCGGACCGGCUCGGAAAAGAGCUCGAGCUCGCCAAGAAUGGAGCGCACUUCUGCCGGACCCCAUGGAUCUUUCGUCCCGUCGCCACCUCAUUCUGGAGGUCAGCUGGACUCGGCUGGUCGAAAGAGGGCUGCUUCCCAACCCGGAAAUCGUCGACCCCCUUUACCUGCGCAGUUCUUGCCGUCGAAUGGCGAAGGUGCACCGCCGAUGCCCCGGAUAAGUCGCAAGUCAUCUAUGCCAGGCUCUCCUGCUGGACCGUUGACUCCGGGUGCAGCCGCGACGGGCCUCCGUGUGUACGCUUCGACAAACGCAGCACAGGCUGCAGCAACGCAAAGAUUACACCCAAUGCCUAGAGCAGUGUCGGCCGGUCGCAGCCCCUCGAGCAGUGACCGAGCAGGGCAAGCUCACUCAAAUAGCCAAGCGUCGGCAAUGUCUUUCGUCUUCCCUACGGGUCUGCACUCGGCAUCGCGUGGCCAUCCUUCGUUUGCGUCUGGCAUCAAGGUCACGAUUCUGCCCUGGUUAGGCGUAGGAGGUGGACCAGCGGAAUCGUCCAUCGCUCCGCCAGUUCCCUUCGACCCAUCGCUGCGGCCUUUCCAUCUCAUGCGUCAGCUGCAUUUGAGCAUCGUCAAAGGCGCUUUCGUCACCCGCAAGCUCUACGUGCCCAAGGAGUUGUGGGCGCAACAGGGAGCCAAGCUUUCAUCGUUGGAAAGCAAGAUCCGAGUGCUCUUGCUCGUCACAAGCGCGGUGCAAGGUCUGGAGACGGCCGGUGAGGCUUUGCUUCAGCCAGUUGGCGAUGAGCCUGGCUUGCUCGUGGCCCAAGGAGCAUACUUUGGAAAGCAGCUGGAAGAGUUUGAAGCCUUGCUCGUAGAAGCGCAGAACAAUGUGGCCAAAAAGCUGAGCUAUAUUGACGCAAUGGCCGGCAAAAAGACUUCGGGUCUCGGUUCCUUUGGAUCGAAGCUUACGCGCGGGCUGGAUCGCAUGACAAACGGCGGGAAAGGCGUGGACUCGCCCGCGACAUACGUAGACGCUUUGUCCCGCACGUUCAGCCGAUCACAAGUGCUAGGUGCGCACUUGGUCGCAAUCCUGCGCGCAGAAGGCCGGACCGGUCUCGCACCAACGCCUGCUGCAUCAGGUUCGGAGGCCUAUGCUGCUCUUCCCGCGGAGUUGCGGGCGAUCAUUGAGGCCAAGCUGAGACGAGCUUCUGACUUCUACGCCAACGUCAUCAUUCGCAUUGCUGUACACGAUGUGCAUGUUCUCUCCGAACGGUGAGCAUUUAUCGAGCAGAACGGCGAUCAAUCGCACCACUCUGACGAGGUGCGUGUUUCUUUUGCACAGGCUGUCAAAACGCGCGCAUGCCGCUCUCUUAGAAUGAUUGAGGAGAAGGUCCAGCGAGGCGCCAUCUUGCGAU